UCCUGUACAGGUAAGCCAAAGGUGCGCCUUCUUUUUUUCUACAGGACAAACACCAUGGCGAGGUCUUGACACACCGCAACAAACAACAAGGAACACGCUCCAAGGAUUUAAUUCAUUACAAGGAGUGAUUUUUGGUUGAUUUAUUUAUUAUUUUCUUCUCAUUUUUCUGUUUCCUUCCCCGAGGACGGGGCUUGGAGAGGAUUUAACCCGCAAAGCCUUCACGCCUGGACGCGCCAUGAGUCCACCUCACUUUUUGCUGCAUAUCAUUCAUCUGUAGAUUUCCUGUUUUUUUUUUGUUUUUUUUUAAAAUCUGCCUUUGCACCGGGAUAUUUUUACUUUCACACCUCGUCCUGGGACUGAUGACCUUUAUUCCAGCGGGGAACUUGUCCCACCGUGUGCGCAGCUGACUCUUCUCACCCGGGGAUGAUGACAUCUCUGCUGAACACACUCCCUCUGUGUCUCUCCCUCCUCUGGAUCUUUGUUACAGCGGAACAGGGAGGCUUCGUGGGGUCCCCUCCCUCCAAUUCGAUGCAGGCCUUGGCUGACAGGGAAACCGUCCUGCCCUGUCGGUACAAGGCACAGGCGGGCGACACGGUGGUGCAGGUCACCUGGUAUAAGAAGUCGUCCGAUGGCUCCAAGGAGCAGAUCAUUGCUGCACAUUACACUGACGGACAGACAACGUUCAGUUCGUGGUCAGGCCGGGUGCGCUUCAGAGAAAGCGAUCCCAUCCUCGACUCGUCCAUGGUCAUCAUGAGCACAAAGCUCUCCGAUGGCGGGAAAUACAUCUGCCACAUCAGCACCUUCCCCGAAGGCAACUUUGACUUGGAGCUGUCACUCAUCGUCAGCAGUGAUCCCAUCUCUGAACUGAUCCCUGUGACUCUCGUGGAGGGACAGUCCUACCACCUGGCCGCCACCUGCCGUGCUAUGGCCCACCCGCCGCCCCGCCUCUCCUGGGACACGGACCUGAGUGGCCAUUCCACCAACCGCACCUCCGACAACGGGGCGGUCUCCUCUCUGUACUCCCUGCACCCCCUGAGGAGCAUGAACGGGAAGAAGCUGGAUUGCCUGGUGUGGCAUCCGACUCUACGGCAGCCCCGCAGGCUCAGAAACACCCUGGUGGUGCACUUCCCUCCGGAUGUGAAGGUGUCUGGCUUCAAUGGGGACUGGUACCAGGGUUUGGAGUCGGCUGCCCUGAGGUGUGUGGGUGGAGGAAACCCCACAUCAGAGAACUUCACCUGGACCAGGAAGGGUAAAGCGCUUCCAGAAGGUGUGAUCCCUCACCCUAAUGGUACACUAAUUUUCGGGCGAGCCCUUCACGUGUCGGACUCCGGCACCUACCAAUGUGUGGCGAAGAAUGCAGCCGGGUCGGGGGAGGCGGAGGUGACGAUCAACGUGGCAGAGAAGCAGGAGCAGACGCUACCUGAAAAUCUGCUGAUGAUCAUCGUGGGCGCCGUGGCUGGGGGGCUACUCAUCACGAUGCUUGUCAUUGUCAUCUGCGUGACAUGCCACCACAAACGCACCAGCAAGAAACUGGAGCAGGAGCUCACUGAGAAGAAAGAGGAAAUAAGCACACUGUCGAGACAAGCGUCCUUCAGGAGAAUUAACUCCGUCAGCACAGAUGUCAGAGGAACGACAGAGGAGAACAUCCCUCUGAGGGUGGAGGGAACCCUGCGCACCAGCCUUUCCUCACUCGGGGAGCAGGCUCGCUGCCGAGACAGCCGAUCGACCAUCUCAGGCGGGCGGGGAGGAGGAGGAGGAGGUUCAGGGCUCGACUACCUGGGGCGACCUGUCCUGCACAACAGCUCACGAAGGGGCAGAGACAGGCCUCUGGAUAGAGAUGAGGAGAACCGACUCAGAGUGGAGUCAUAUGUGAGAAACAGCUCCAUUUCCUUGCAGGAAAGCCGUCUCCACCCACCUCUGAUACCCUCUCCUUUCCCGGUGAUACACUCCACCGAGCUGCUGAGGCAACUAAACGGGAACGCCAUCAUGCCACCAGAUGGGGGUUCACUGCCAGGAGACAUCACCAGGAAUCAGCAGAACUCCCCCCUGAGCUGCAGCUACCCGCCAGUGACAGACGACGAGGAUGAAGAGGACGAAGGUCUAGGGGGGUUGAUGAGUCCUGUGAACCAGGAGCGUCCCGAUGACCAAGACAGCGAGACCAACAGCUCCCAGGUGUCUGAAGCCCACAGUACCCGCUUUCAGCAGACUAAUGGCACACUGAGACCCAAACCCCGGCAAAACCCCAUGGCGAUAAGUCCCCAUGCCUCCCUCAUCCACAAGGCCCAGAUAGUUUAGCGAGCAGCUGGGAAAAAAAGGUGUGACCCCACAGGAACGGCCCCUUCCGGUCUUCCAGACGGGGUUCGGAUAUGGAUAAGUGCACAAAGUGAGUUUUUAAUUGCAGCCCAGCACCAAAAAACCUGAUUGUGAAGCGACAGCAUCACGAACUGCUUGAGGCUGACUCUGCAAACUAUGGACUGUGUUAUUACACCGCUGCAUCCUCCGUGUUGUAUUAUAUAUUAUGUAGUGACACCGUGUCUUAAUGUCUUCGGUGUCACUAAAGGAAAAAUCCACCCUAAAACACUUUCAAGGUGCACUAUACAAAACUGAGGGUAGAUUAAAGUCGCUACUUUUUAGAUUCAGAUGAAAAAAAAAAAAAAAACAUGGAAUAAGCAGGUAAUUUAUCGGUAACUCAGGUAAUGGCAUGAACCGUCAAAUUUUGUUCCACUUUUUCUCCCAGUUGAGACUAAAAGCCUUCACCCUCAGGUCUGACGAGGAAAACCAUGUAGACACAGCCAUCCCGUUUUGUGCUUAUUCCACGAUUUUGUCAGCUCAGGCGUUAAUUUUACAUGGUGGACCUUUAAUGCUGUUUAAACAGCCUAAAUGGCUCAUGAUGAUGUAGCGUGCAUUUUUUGGGGGGUUGAGGGUGCACUUUUCUUAUUCCCACAAAUGUAAAGACCAUUGAGAUUGAGAGCAGAAAACGUUUCAACCAAGAUAUCAGCGGCAAAUGCGUGGUGUACCAUUACUCGCUCAGGUUUAAAGAGCAAGGGCUUCUUUCCAGACUCACCAUUUUGCUCCGAUGUUUAGCAAGCUGUAAGACCUCGUAGACACUGUGUUUUGACUAAAGGGUCUAUGUCUAGCAUUUUCUUGCCAGGAAAAACCUCUCAGUGGGCUAAUCACUACGGCUCUGUCCACCUAUAUUGAUAACAAACUCGACGUACGCAAGGCAACCUGAGGGAAGGUGUCAGGAAUUACCACACUUCAUGUCAAAAUGACUCCUGGAACUGAAAAGUGCUUCUGAGGGAGGAUUUCGACUUAGAUCUGAGUGUCGAGUGGCACAGUGUCUGUAAAUCUGUACAAUAUGCAAAUGAAUUACACUAACAUAAUAAGAAAUAGUUUUUUAUUGAAUGUGUUUUAAUGACAUUGUUACUACCAGACUAUAUAGCCUAUCGGUGCAUCACUCUAUGUGAAUAUUAUUCACAUCUGGACUCUUGUGAGGCUCAAGGCUAUAUGCUGUAAAAAAUAAUUAUAAUAAUCAGGCUAUCACAACAGAUCUGCCAAGUUCCUCUUCAGCGCUGGAGGUUGGAACUUGGACUGCUACAGACUUUUAAUAUGGUGGCAAAAUGUGUCAGGUAUUAUUUUUGGUAGAUUGUUAUUCUGUGGAUUGAUUGUAAUGUAUUCUGCUCUGUUACAGCUAUGACCUAAGCAAUGCAAUAUGCCAGGAAAAUAGAGGAAAAAUCAAUUUUGCUUUCUUGGCAAAUAUGAAGUAUUAUUGUGUCAUACACACGUGUAUUACAAUGUCUUGUCUCGUUUUGUCUUGUUUUUCUAUGCCUACUACUGUAAAUACUCUCUUGUUUCAGGAACAUGUCAAAUGCCUUGGCUUAUAAAUUAGGAAAUGUAUUGUUUGGGAGUGAAACAUAUUGGAUCAGUCAAUGUUUUCAGCCAGUUUGUUGUACAAUAUUUCCGAGCACAGGCGGUAAAGACCAUCGGAUGAAUGGCAUUAAGUUUAAAUGUAGGCUCAUGUGCUCGCAGCGCCCCCUGAUGUGUGCUGCUGGGAAGUACAAGGACCUGAGUGAGGACUGAGCCUACAAACUGCACCCUGACUUCAACUGUGAAGUGGAACAUGACCAAAGUGCCUGGCUUUUCUACAGCAACAUUUACCAAGGGAUGUGUAUGUGUUACUGUCAGUUUGCAUUGUUGGGUGGCAAUAAACA